AUGUCGAGCAUGUCGAGCAUCCCGCACGAGGAGCUGCCCAUCCUCGAGGCGCUCAUCAACAUCCGCAACCGACUCACCGCACUCAAGAAGGACAGCUCCGAAUUCAUCCGCUCGCACGAUGUGCAACAGCUCUACCAGCAGGUCAUAAAGCAGGUCACCCGCCUCAACGCCGUCCGAGACGAGCAGCAGGCCAACGCGCAGUCCUCCUCCACCGCCAGCUCCACCUCGGACCACCACGACGCCUCCGACCAGGCCGACACCAACGGCCAAGACGACUCGCCCGUGCUCCAACACAACCGCGUCGACACCACGCUCAACGACGUCUUUUCGCUGCUCAGCCUCUUCUUCCUCACCAUCGGACGCAGCCGCGAGAGCCCCGCGACGUUCUCGCAGCUGAGCUGCAUGAAGCAGCUGCUCGACCAUCUGCAGGAGUCCGGCAUCUACACCGAGGCCGACCUGCAGCCGUUCGGCGCGCGACUCUCGGAGCUGCGCGAGAUCAUCCGUCGCGACGGCGAUUGCGGCCGCCAUCCGCCGCAGCUCACCAAGCUCAUGACGCGCAAACUCGAGGUGUGCGAAAAGACGGUGCGCAAGCUCGAGGGCUCGCUCAAGGUGCUCUCCGUCGAACUCGUGCCCAUCCACCAGAAGAUCAUCUCCAUCCGACGCCAGCUCGCCGCCGCCGCCGCCAAGCCCAAGCCGGCGCGUGCCGAGAUCAAGCAGCUGCAGGAGGAGCUGCGCAAGAUCGACGCCAAGCGUGUCGACGGCAAGUUCCUCGGACCCGGCGGCAGCUCGGUGCCCGCGGGACAGGCGAUCCUGGUGGGCCUGCUCGAGGAGUGCUUCGAGAUCUGCCACGACAUGACGGUGCGCAACGACGAGGUGCCGAUGACGCUGCAGCCCAUCUACGACCGGCUGGUGGAGAUCAAGUCGCAGCUCGAGCAUCUGGUGCUGACGCACCGCUGGACGCUGCGCGAGACGGAUCUGUGGAAUUAUCAGGUGACGCUCAAGGAGAUCGACCGGCUGCGCGUCAACGGCAAGUUUGUCGACUCGGAGGGCAAGCAGCCCGAAGGCCAGCUCGUGCUGCUGUAUCUGCUGCGCCGGUGCUACGGCCUGAUCUACCGGCUCGUGGCGUCGUCCGAGCCCAUCUCGGAGGAGCUGAUGCCGAUCAGCAACAAGCUCUCGACGGUGUCCAAGUGCCUCAAGGAGGUGAGCAAGUACGGCGGGCCGUUUACCAUGCGCGACCUCUACCCGUACCGGCUGGCGCUGCAUCAGAUCGACAACAUGCGCAGCAAGGUGCUCGACAAGGACGGCAACGACACGGGCGUGCGCAAGUGGCUCGGACGCGACGGCAGCGUGCCCGAGGGCCAGGCGAUCCUGCGUGCGCAGUACGAGGAGGUGGAGCAGACCAUCGAAGAGAUGCUCAACCGCGAAGACGACGACGAUGACGACGACGAGGAGGAUGUCUGGGACGGCGACUCGACGUCGAGUGCCGAGCUGUCGGGCACCGAGAGCGCCGCUUCGGACAGCGAGGUGGAGGGCGAAGGCGCGUCGGCGGAUAUGGUGCGUCAGGCGCUCAUGGCACGCGGAGGACCGAUGGUCGGUAUGGCACCGCCGGAUGGCCCGGCGACACAGCCCAGCUCGGCGGCGGUGUCGCGUCACGCGAGCUCUGCGUCGAGCUUGGCGGGGCGCGACAGCGGAUUCGGCGGCGGACUGGCACCCAUCACUCCGCUCUCGACUGCACAGACGGUCACGCCGGGGGCCGGGCACGGUAGCAUUGCAAGUUCGAGCGCAUCCACGCUGCGGGCCGCGCCGGCUGCCGAGGCGGUCGCGAUUCCGAGCGAGCGCGCCGGAGCAGCGAGCCAGGCAUCUCCUGCGGUCGCUUCACCGGUAGGCGCGGUGGCUGGUUCGCCUGCAAGUGCCAGUGUGGCGGAUACGGAGGCAGAGGCAGCGACGGCGGCGUCGGCGUCUUCAUCCACGCCUUCGGCCGUUCCAAGCACUGCUUCGCUCCUGCGCUCUCAAAAGAUCGGACGCGACUUUCGGGAUGGCGUGGGCGACUUGACGGGGCUCAGCUCUCGAUCGCCGCCGGUGGGCGUGGCGGACGGGCGCACAGCGUCGCUGCAGUCGCAGAUGCAGGCUAGUUCGACACCGCCGGACACGCUCGAGCGUCUGCCUGCGGGUGCGGCGCCGCUCGCCGUGCCGACGCCGGGCAUUCUGGAAGAGCAGAAGAGGGCGGGACCGGGUGUGGGCACGCAGGUGGAUGCGCUGGCCGCAGGAUUCCAGGAGACGUCGAUCAAUGACCUGCUCUCCAGCUCGGCGGGGACCACCACGACUUGA